UCUCUCUCUCUCUCUCUCUCUCUCUCUUCUCUCUUUGUUUAUUCAGUAUACUGCUGUAAUUAAAAUCAGGGAAACUAUAACCAUUACUUGUGAAUAUAUCUAUUGAUAGUAUUGUACUUGAUACAAUCUAGAUUUUCUUUCACAUAUAUAGUCCAGCAAUACAGAGUUUUAGAUAAUAAAUUAAGAAAGCAGAUACAAAAAUUUUAGUAAAGUUGCUAUAUUUUUUGCUUACAAAAUUUUACCUUAAUUUUGGAGAUUUAUUUUAUAUAAUUACUAACUUUAUUUCAAGUUCCGAGUUUUUGUUACGAAAGACUAUAGUCCAUUAACAAUUAUGCAAAGUGAACUUCAUGAUAUUGUUAAAUAUCGAUGUGCAAAUAAUGAGAACAAAAAUGAUGAUGACUUUAAAAAAAUUAAGAAUAUGUUAAAACAGUCGCCGCAUGAAAUAUCAAGAUACCCAGUAACAGUUUUUCAGAAUACAAUUUCUCCUACAAAUUUUUCUGUGGCAGAGUUAGCAGAAAAAUUCUUAAAUGAUUUUGAAUAUGUUGAUUUAGAAAAAACAUCAAUUCCAGGGUUAUAUGUUAAUUUAAAAAAACAUAAAAAAGUAAAUUCCAACGUUCUUAGCUUAUUAAACCAAAGUGAGAUAUUACGAGGGGAAAUCGAAAUUGACAGUUCAGAUAAAAAAUCUAUUAUUCAAGCAUAUGAAGAGGCUAUUUCUAACAUAGUUUCUAAGAAACGUCGUUUAAUUUAUGCUAUGAAUAUUUCAAGAGUAGAAGAUUUAAAUUCGUACUUAGAUGAUUUGCCGCAUAACAUAAGUGUUGAAUUAAAUAAAGAUCUUGGACAUUGCUCAGGAAUUAAUGUUCCUUCUUAUUACGUAGCUGGACAUCAGUUAUUUACUGAUAUGCAUUGCGAAGAUUCAAAUCUGGAUAGCGUAUAAACAUUAUUCAUGGUGGAUUGCCAAAUUCAUUAAAAGCAUGGCUGAUUAUUGAUGUAAAUCAUAAUAGCAAGUUUCUCCGCAUUGUAUCAAAUGAUAUUCGAAAUUUGAAAAAGCAAGGCAAAAGUUACACCAAUUCGUGGCUUGAUGGUUGCUCAAUGCCUGUUAAUCACAAAAAUCUUGUAAUAGCACCAUCAUAUUUAAAAAAACACGAAAUUAAUUUUGACAUAGUAUUACAGCGUCAAGGUGAUCUUGUCUACGUUGGAUGCUUCGUGUACCAUCAAGUUAUAAAUUUUGGAUGCAAUUUAGCUGAAGCAGUUAACGUCGGAAGUUCCUUUUGGAAUUUGACCAGCAAUUUAUGCUGUCCUUGCAUAUGCCCUGGUAAUGCUAUUACUAAAUUGGCGCGCAAUGUACAGUCAGAAAAUUUCAUAUGUGAAAAAAAAGUUAAAAAAUAUUUUUGCGAUAUUAAUAAUUGUAGUGCCUUUUUUGAGAAUGCCAAAUCAUAUAAGUUUCAUAAACUUAGUCACAAUGAAACUGUGUUUCAAUGUCAAAAGUGUGUCAAAAAGUUUUCUACAAAAGAGUCUUUGAGAAAACAUAAUAAAAGAGCUCAUGAACAUAAUGCGCCAUUGUGCCCAAAUUGUAAAGUGCCACAAACAGCACAAAAUUUGGCAAGGCAUAUUAAGAGAUGCUAUCUCAGAAUUUGUAAAAAAUGCAACAAAAUCUGUAAACCAAAAGGAUUUGGUCCUCAUGUUGCAAAAUGUCAGGAAAUGUAAUCUUGAAUUUAUUUAGUUAUAGUAAAAUCUUAUGAAAAUGGUGGAUACGUAGUACAGCUGAGUAAUAGAGUUACAAAUUUUGAACAUCCAUAAGCGGACCUCCGUCUUGCAAUAGUGGACCUCCGUCUUGCGAAAGCGGACCUCCAUUUUGCGAAAGCGGACCUCCGUCUUGAGCAUAAGAACCGCAGUCUUGUGCAUGUGCGCUUAUAUGUUAACAUACAAUGUAUUAUGGAAUAUGAAAAAUUGUACUGUAUCGGUAAAAGUAAUAUGUGCUUCAAAAUAAUUUAGUUAAAACCAAUUGAAUUUACUUUAUUUUUACAAAAAUAUGAUUACUUGUUGAUGUUUAAUUUGAUUAAAUUACAAAUAAAUAUUUUUUCCU